AUGGACAAAGCAUGUACUAAACUCCCAAGACACUGGAAGAAGUAUAGAAAAGGUGUUAAGUCUUUUUUAGAUUUUGCCUAUACCACAGGAAGACCUCAAGGACGUGAAAUUUCUUGUCCUUGUGCUCAUUGUGAAAAUUGUAAAUGGGAAAGAAGACAUGUGGUCCGCGAUCAUUUAAUAGCUGUAGGUUUUGUGAAAGGAUAUGAUGUUUGGGUAAACCAUGGAGAGGAUAUAUCAUCGCCUAUGAAAAUUAAGGAGGGCACAAAAAAGCAAGAGAACUCACUUGAUGACAUUGGUGGUUUAUUUUAUGACACAUUUAGAAAUGUGGUUGAAGCAGAGGAAAGUAGUGAAGCUCAUAAUGAGGAUGCGAGAAAGUUCUACAAGUUGAUUAAUGAGGCAAAACAAGAGUUAUACCCCGGAUGUGAAAGCUUCUCUACUCUAUCGUUCAUAAUUCAACUUUACUUGUUGAAGUGUCUGCAUGGAUGGAGCAAUGCAUCUUUCACUUCCCUUUUAGAAUUAUUGAAAGAAGCGAUUCCAGAGUUAAACAUUCCUGAAUCUUUUAACAAAACAAAGGCGAUGAUUAGUGAUUUGGGUCUCGAUUACAAAAAAAUUCAUGCAUGUCCAAAUGAUUGCAUGUUAUAUUGGAAAGAACACGAGAACGAUAACUCUUGCAAUAUUUGUAAGGCUUCACGAUGGAAGGAGUUUCCUCAAGUAGAGAGCGAGUCUUCUGAGCAUGCGAAAUAUGAUCAUAAAGUCCCUGCUAAGGUUUUGAGACACUUUCCAUUGAUUCCAUGA